GAUGUAUAGACAAAUAUUAAUUCUCACAUUAGUCCUGUUUGUUUGCAUAUCUGACGGACUAAGAUAUAGGGAAUUUGGAGUACAAAAUGAAAAUGAUUACAACGAUGGGGAAGAUUUAAGGUUACAAGAAAAUGACUACGACACGCCAUACGCGACGAAUUAUAACUCCAGGUAUUAUGGUCAUAGACGAUCGCAUAACAAUGGAAUAAAAUGUUCAAAGACUUCUGGAUACCACAAAUGCAGAUCUUAUCGAGUGCGUCACCUCAGUUCCGCAACUUGUCGUCUUUUAGGAAGCAUAAUUGUAUUAAACGAAGAUUUUGAAACACGUAGAUGCGUCAAAUAUUGCUGUCCGAGGUUACCGUUGCUCGUUCGACAUCACAAGCCUGGAGCAACAAUGACCAACUCAGUCACUGCAACGUCGACAAAACAUGACCCAACGAAUACAAUCCCUAUACCAGCUAAUAUAACCAAAGUUAAAGAAAACACGACCAUAGAAAAAAGAAUAACCACCACAAAGCCAACUUCCCCAACACCAAAGAAGAAAAAUUCGGACGAUAAAAACAGAAUUUCCUCACAUAAAUCUCUCGAGAAUGCAAAUGUAGAAGAUGGCAAUUUGGAAAAAGACCUUCUUGCUAUUCUCCAGAAAACAAAAAAUACAAUGACUGAAAAUCCUAGCAGUGAAGAGGAUAUACUUGUGGAUCAGUUAAGAAAACUAACAUAAAUAUAUUUAAGAGGAUUCGACUUAACACAUAAAUACAAAUGUAUAAACUGACUAAGGACCAAUAAUACUCAAUAUUUCACAGCCACUAACAGAAAAAUUAGAAGUUUUUUGUUUUCUGAAAAAUGUAUUUUUUCACAUAAUUUUUUGAAAUACAUUUAUAACAGCAACCCGUAAUAAGUUGAAUAAUUUACUGAAUUUCACUAAAGAGGGAACAGUUAUAAGAGUGCUGAAUGUGUUAUGUACAAUAUCAUGGAUAACAAAAAUAUUAAAAAAAAAGUAAACGAGCAUGAAGUUUGAUAUUACUGAUCAUUUUAGAAUAAAUGUGAUUCGGCCUUUCCCAAAUUGCAAAAACUUUGUUUUAGAUAAUUUUAUUUUAAUUUUAUUCUUUAUGUUUAAAGAAAAUUGUUAUUGUUAGUAAUUGAUUGAAAUGAUUAUCACUGAUAUGGAUGUUAUUUCAGAGGAUUCAUCGUUUAUAUGUAAAUAUACCAGUCAAAUUGGGGGAUUUUCUGACUCAAAUUAAUAAAAAAAUUAGGUACUCCUUGAGUAUGCGCAUCAAGAUGUCGCACAACCUGAACCCAAACCUGGUACGCAACCCGAGUUCAGGUUGUGCGCCAUCUUGGUGCGCAUACUUC